UUUAAAAAAAUUGUUUGAAACUGUUGCAUGCAUAAAUGAAUGAACAACAUGGUGAAAAUACUGAAAAAUAAAUAACCAGCCUUUAUACCUUUACUAACUUCUCCCUGUGGAAAUAAUCCCGUCAGAUUAACUAGAAAUCACCGUCAGGUAAAUAGAACAGCGUGAAACAUGUGAAGGCUUUUCCAUGAUGAGCCACAGGUGAUGCAGCACCUGUCUCUUUAAAAUAGCCGGAUUGUGCUAUUGAGCAGAGAAGGGGAGGGGGCGGUUUGGCGCCAGCUGCAUUGGAACAGUCCUCUGUACAGAGAGAGAGAGAGAGAGAGAGAGAGAGAGAGAGAGAGAGAGAGAGAGGGAGGAGGGGGGAGCCAUCCGGCCGUCAGAGGAGACUGGGAGCGGGGCAGCAGCAGCAGCAGCAGCAGCAGGCUGUGCGUCAGCCGGUGCUCCAUAGGGAAACAUGGAGAUGAGCAGGAGAGGACACGGAGCAACGCGGACCUCAUAGAUGGAUGUUGUUUCAUCAAAGCAGGCAACAACCAGGCAACCUGAAGGCAACCCACGCAGAGGAUAAACCACUUAUGGACGCAGUGGAUUAAACCUGCAUUCAGACUGAGAGGCAGAGAGAGGAGAGAAAUUCAUCAGUUUACUUCUUUAUCUUUUAUUGUCGGAGGGUGCGCACUGUUUCUCUCUCUGAGUGUGUGUGUGUGUGAGUGUGUGUGGCUGCAGAAGGUUGGAGACUGCAUUGGUGUUCAGCCUUCAAAGCUGAGUAUCUUUGUGCUUUCCCCCAUUUUCACUCUCCCUCCCGCAUGCAUUGUGCCGUAACACUCAAUAUGCAUGUGAGAAGGAAAAGACGAUGAGUCUGAAGUGAAACCCUUUUUCAUUUUUUUCUGGAUUUUUGGGAAUAAGCUAGGAGGAGAAAGUAUUUUUCCUUUCCUCAAAUGUUUUUUUUUGGAGGCCUUGACCGGGUUUGAUCCUCCGCAGGGAAACUUCUCGGCAUCAUCAGGUAGGAGGCGGCAGAACAAGUGGGCCUGAGUGGGAGGAAGAGUUUGUGUCGUAGACUGUCUGAUGGGUGAAACUCCAUCUGAGAGAGGAUAAUGGCAGCUCCGGGCCAACUCUGCUCCUCUCCCACCUGCAUGGGCUGCAGAGGACCCGGGAGGUGCUAGCCAAGCCGAUCUGAGCCGGAGGGAUGAUGGUGUGAUCAGGGUCCGGGUGGAAGACCCCUCUUUCAUCCUUCACCUCCUUUCAUUGAAAACAGAGGUGGGGCCUCCUUUUCCAGCCUCCUAACCCCCAAACCCACCAGUGGAGGUGUGCGAUACGCCAGAUUUUGGUAUUGAUCCAAUUAAAUACAGCUCCAGCAUCGCAGAUAUCGAUACAGAAACUGAUAUUUUUUAUUAAGUUCGAUAUGUCAUCAAAAUUAGUGUUUUUGUGAUUUUUUUCCCCCUUUAUUUUGUUAAAACCUUGGAAAGAAUUUGGGCCCCUAUAAAGGUGUGUGAUAACAUAUUGAUAUCGAUCUAAGUAAAUGCAGCAGCAGUAUUUCCGAUACAGAUACCGAUAUUUUUAUUAUUUAAGUUUGAUACUUCAGACUCAGACUUUGUGGGGUUUUUUCCUCCUUUGAAUUGUUUCAUUGAAACCUCGAACAGAAUUUGGACCCCAGUAAACAAUAACAUCAAUAAAUCAAAGUAAAUACAGCAGCACUACCGCCAAUAUCAAUACAGUUAUUGAUAUCUUUAUUAUCUAAGUUUGAUAUAUCAUCAAACUUCAUGUAUUUUUUCUCCUUUGAACUAUUUCAAUAAAACUUAGGACAUAAUUUGGACCCCAGUAGAAAUGUGCAAUAUGGCAUAUUUUUAUAUCAGUCUAAGGAAAUACAGUGGCAGUAUCGCCAAUACAGACACCGGCAAAAUCUAUAUUACCAAUAUUUUUAUUAUUUAAGUUUGAUACAUCACCAAACUUUGUGUUUUUGUGAGGGGUUUCCCCAGUUUUAAUGAUUUUGUUGGAACCUAGGACAGAAUUUGGGCAGUUUAUUUAGGGUUGCAAUGAUAAAUCGGCUUUAAUUUUCUUAAUUUUUAGAUAAUGUCGAUCAGACAAUACUUACAUUUGUAGACGAUCUCAUCCACCUAGACUAUUUAAUCAGUCACUGUCCUUGUUUUGAUCUGCUGUGAAAACGGUUAUCCUGACAGACCCAGAUCGGCCAAAAUUUGGAAUCUGCUGAUCUGACUUUUAAAGAUUAGCCAGAAAACUGCAAUCGGUGCAAACCUCUUUUUUCCCCUCUUUUAAUUAUUUUGUUAAAAUCUACGACAUAAUUUGGGGCACACCAAUAAAUAAAUAGGGGGCUGAAAAGUUGCCCCCACUUUCCUUAAUUUUUGGAGCUUGAUGAUUGGCUGAUCUUUUCUACCUUGACAAAAAUCAGCCACUCUUCCUCUGCUGUGAAAAAGGUUUGACUGGCAGACUGGUCCAUGGCUUCAUGUCUCCAGUUCACAGUAAUCUCCCCACUGCUACCAACUUAAUGACUUUUCUUAUUUUCUUUACCAACAUUUCAAACAAAAACAAAAAAACUGAUCUUGUUCAAAAUCAGAAUCAGUAGACCAGAGAUCAGUCAGAAAACUGCAAUCAGUGCUUUUGUGAUGUUUUUCCUUUGAAUUAUUCCCUUAAAAUAAAAUUUGGACAAAGUUGAUAACAGUCUACAAAAUUUAAUAACAUGAUAAACAGAAACUGUAGAAGAACAGAACAAAUCUGUGUGCAUUUUAGCUAAAUAAACAAAAUCUCUACAGUACGAAAAGAAUCGAUCUUAUCUGUCCGAUCUUAUCUGUAUUUUUUGGAUCGAUCCGCCCACCUCUGGCACCAACCUGCCCUUCUUUUUCCUCCCUCUCUUUUCUUUUUCUUUUCUCUUUCUUUUUGUCGAGGCUUCGGGGGAAUUGCCAAGAGCUGUUUCAUGCAUGUCCACUGGCGGCAGGUUCAACUUUGACGAUGGGGGGUCAUACUGCGGAGGGUGGGAGGAGGGCAAGGCGCAUGGCUACGGGAUCUGCACGGGACCCAAGGGCCAGGGCGAGUACUGCGGCUCCUGGGCGCACGGCUUCGAGCUGCUCGGCGUCUACACCUGGCCGAGCGGGAACACCUACCAGGGCACCUGGGCUCAGGGGAAGAGGCACGGCCUGGGCGUGGAGAACAAAGGCCGCUGGGUGUACAAAGGCGAGUGGACGCACGGCUUUAAGGGACGCUACGGCGUGCGGGAGAGCACCGGGACGAGCGGGAAGUACGAGGGGACGUGGAACAACGGGCUGCAGGAUGGCUACGGGACGGAGACGUACUCGGAUGGAGGAACAUUUCAGGGUCAGUGGGUCGGAGGGAUGCGUCACGGCUACGGCGUCCGGCAGAGCGUUCCAUACGGCAUGGCGGCCGUCAUCCGCUCUCCUCUACGCACCUCCAUAAACUCUCUCCGUUCUGGUUCGGAGCACAGCAACGGAACCGCGCUGCUGGACCGAACGGGCGCCCUGGUUCCGGGCCCGCCCACGGUUCCGGGAACUUUGACCACCAGCGUCUCCAUGUGCAGCACGGGCAGCAGCGGCAGCAGCCCAGCGGUGUCCCGCGGAGGCUUCGUGUUGACGGCGCACAGCGAGGCGGAGCUGCUGAAGGGGAAGAGGAAAGGAGGAUUGUUCCGGAGGUCCAUCCUGUCCGGCCUCAAGCUCAGGAAGUCCGAGUCCAGGAGCUCUCUGGCGUCGCAGAGGUCCAAACAGAGCUCGUUUCGCAGCGAGGCUGGGAUGAGCACCGUUUCCUCGGCUGCAUCGGACAUCAACUCCACCAUCAGCCUCGGAGACGCAGACGCGGAGUUAGCGGUCGCGGACGACGACGUUGACGCCACAGCGACGGAGACGUACUGUGGAGAGUGGAAGAACGACAAGCGGACCGGAUUCGGCGUGAGUCGGCGGUCCGACGGGCUGCAGUACGAAGGCGAGUGGCUGAGCAACAAGCGGCACGGCUACGGCUGCACCACGUUCCCCGACGGCACCAAGGAGGAAGGGAAGUACAAGCAGAACAUCCUGGUGAGCGGCAAGCGGAAGAACCUGAUCCCGCUCCGCGCCAGCAAGAUCCGGGAGAAGGUGGACCGAGCCGUGGAGGGGGCCCAGAAGGCGGCGGACAUCGCCCGGCAGAAGUCCGAGAUCGCUCUGUCCAGGACGGCUCAUGCUCAGGGCAAAGCCGAGGCGGCGGUGGGAGCCGCGCAGAAAGCCCACGAGGAGAGUCGGAUGGCGAGAGUCACCGCCAAGCAGUUCUCCCCGUCUUUCCAGCACCCUGGAAACGGGAUGGAGGUUCAGCGACCCAAACAUCAAGUUUCCAGUGAAGUUGAGGGUGAGGGCCUGUCGAGUAGUGCUGGCACCGCGGAAAGCCCAGAUCUCUACACAAAAAGUGUUGGAUCUGAUGACCCCUCCAACGAUGCCGUGACCCCCGACCUCAGCCCACCCUCCUCUUCACCUCCCCACACGCCGCCGCCGCCUGCCCGACCGUCCCAGCGAAGCAAAAGCGCCCGAUUCCACCGGCAGAGCGCCGUGGACCACGGAGACCGGGGGAAGGACGGCGGUGAGAAAGGGGGAGAAAGGGGCCACACGGAGAUUCAAGUGCUGAUGGAGGGAGGCGGCGAGGGAGGACUGAAGGCGGAGUAUCCACGCGCCAACAGCUGGAGCGAGGACAGGAAGAAGGGGGUGCUGUCGAAAGGAGGCGGCGGGAUCAGUAGCCGUGGAGGAAGCCGGACAAACGGGCACAAACACAGCUCCUCCAAUCACAAAUCGCGGGAGCAUGGCUCGUCCAAUCACAGGCAGACCAGGGGCGACAGGUGGACGGAGUCGUCUUCGUCCACGACUUGGACGUCUGGGCACAGGGGGACGCACAGCAGGGGGGGCCGGCUGCUGGAGCAGGACGAGGAAAAGAUCAGCAACUAUGAGAUGGAGAUGAAGCCUUUACAGCCCAGAGACUCCACUACCCACAAGCCCCAUGGGCACGGAGAGGAGCGGCACGGGCACGGAGAGGGGCGCUCCCACGGCGCACCGCGGCAGAGGCACAAGAACCGGGAAGGGAGGGACGGGGGCAAGGACUCGACACACAAGGGGGAGAAAAUGGAUCCGCGGCCUCUGCGACGAGACCUCACCCUGUCCCCGCCGCUGAAGUCCUCCCCCAUCGUCCCCGACCGGCAGGACCUCAGCCUCACGCCCGGCAAGGGGAACUCGGCCUACAGCUCCAUCCUGGUUGCCAUGGUGAUUCUGCUCAACAUCGGAGUGGCUAUUUUGUUUAUCCACUUUUUUAUUUAAAGGCGGCGAUGCUUUCAGAGGCAACUUACCUAUGCCAGAAACACGAUGAAAACCACCAGUAUUACAGCAAAUCUGCUGCCCCUCCGUGCGUCCCGGCCGACGGAAGACCCGGACCGAGGACCGGAGAGGGGGAACCGAGGCCAGCCGGGUCCGGUCCGGUCCGGUCCGGUCCGGUCCGGGAGGAGGAAGAGCUGAGGCCAAAGAAUAGGACAGCAGGUUGGUCCAGGGAGGAACCUGGACUUGUGUGACCCAAAUGGGUUGACUUGAACACGCAGACAGGACUGACGGACUUUUUCAUUGUCAAAUCAUAGUUUUCGACAGAUUUGUAACUUCAGAUUUAUUUAUUGAGUUUUUUUUCUUCCCAUGUGCAAUACGUUGAUGGUUGUAUUGUUUAUUUUUGCAGCCCACCCUCUUCUCUCUGAAACCCCUGCCUUUUACUUCCUCCACCUCCCCAGCGGCUGUUACUGAUGGUACAGGCGGUGAAACCAACCCGGGCGGCGAGUUCUCAUUUCACCUCGCGUUUCAUGCACUUGUGCAGGUGUGUGUGUGCAGGUGUGUGUGUGCAGGUGUGUGUGUGCAUGUGCGAGUUCUCCAAUUGCAUCCAGAGGUUGGCAGAGUACCACUACCUAUUUAUACGUUUUUACUCCAGUAAAAGUAAAAAGUAUUCAUCCAAGAAAUUACUCAAGAGGAAAGGUCUACUCAAGUAUGAGCAACUGAUCAAAUGAUCAAUCGUUUAAUGUUGAUGGACCAAAAUGUAAAGUUAAGUGGAAAUUUUGGUAAUUUAAGGACAGUGAAUGACAAUAAUGCAUUCAUAUUUCCAAAUUAGUUUCUUUCAAUGAAAAAAACUUCUGAAAUUUUUACUAAAAUUGCAGGUGUGUGUCUGGUGAAUUUUUGGCUAAAAUAUGUUUGAUUUUAAUUCAGUGGGUAGAAAAUCCAGAAAUUGUACUCAUGUAAGAGCAGCGAUACUUCAUGAUAAAAUUACUCAAGUAACAAUAGAAAGAAUAGCAUAGCAAAAAUAUUUCUAAAGGUAAUUUUCUUCAGUUAGUCAAUAAAUAUAAAUGAGUAAAUUACAUUUAUUGUGCAGUUUUGUUACGAAUAUUUUUAAGCAAUUAUCAAUAUUACUAAGUAAGAGCACAAUACACAAGUGUUGCUCUGAUUUUAACUACAGCCGCCAAUUCGUAUUUCCAAACACUAGAUGGCGCUCCUCUCCUUACUUACCCAGACCUAGACAAAAAUGUAAUGUCGAAGUAGAAAGCGCUGCGCAAAUGUGCUUUAACUGCAAACGAUUCUUGUGGUCAGAAGUGACAGCUAAUUUGAAAGAAUAUGUUUUAUAAAUCUACAAAGAACAGGAGACUCUGCAACUGCAAAACGUAAUGGGAACAAAAGAAUCUGUGGGUUCAGCCUGUCAGAGAUUAAAGCUUUUUGCAGUUUGCCAUCAGGAGUUUUCAAUUGGACAUGGAGGUGAAAACGAUUAAUCUCAGCUGUUUACAUAAAACUUAAUGAUAAGUAAUGUGCUUUUGACCAACAAUGAAGGGUGGAAGAUGCGGUUUUUAAAAAUCUUUCUGCUUACCAAGGACAGAACCUUUUACGUUAUCAUGAAAACAUAAAGAAAUUAAUGAUUAUUAUUAUUCAGUAAGAAAUAUUGUGCCUGAUGUAGCACAAUAUUGUGCUACCUCCCGCAUUUUGGAGGUGCAGAGUUGGCAAGCGCAGUACAUCUCAAAUCUUCAAGUUGAAUUUUUGAAACCAAAAAUCAUUAGCAACGUUUGGAUGAGCAAUGCUCAAAGUAUUAGCAUUUUCUGAAUCAUCCAGUUGUUAGCUAAACAGCUAGCUAACACUAGACUUGGAAAUAACCCACUCUGAUCGUUUUGUUGCAAUUCAUAAAAUGUUAACAACUUUUUGCUUUUUUAUUUUUAUUUUACUAGAAGAGCAUCCUAACAUUACAAGACAGUCAUUUAAAAAGCUUGGAUAAAUUUAUUAAAGCCUGACGAGACUUUCUGUGAUUCUUUCUCUGAAAUAGAUUCAGUCGUUUCCUGAAUCGUUUCAAAGAACUGCUAUUGAUAAUUUGGUGAUGAAGUGUUCGAAGACGAAGUAUUCCUUAUCUAUAAGACCAACACCAGAGUAGAACUUAAGAUGCUCAACAUCCCUCAUUUUAAGUUUUUGUUGGUUUUUGUGUAGCAGUUAACAUAAAAUUGCAACGUUAUCCUGGUAUUAUGUUGACUUCAUUUUCUCUCAACUUUAUUUUUGUGUUGCUAAAACUUUAUUUUGUUAAUAUUAUAACUUUAUUGUUGUGCCAAUUCCUGUGGCACGAGUAUUCAAUUGUUUGACCUGAAUCCAAAGUGUACAUAAAUAAACCGUAAAACACGCUUUUCAAACAAGAUGGCCGCCCUGACACCACCCUCCACUAUGUAAACACAAAGAGUGGUGAGAUCCAUGUUUUCAAAAAAAUUAAUUGUUUAAAAAAAUAGCAUUCAAUAACAACAAUCAAAGUUGAAUCCCAGGUUAAGCAGUAAUUCAAUUGUAAUUAAACGGCCAGUGAUGGUAUUUGAUUUGAUUUGUUUGGACUAGGACACCCAUGGUGUAAUGAAGGACUGUUGGAUUCUCCUGCAGCUGUCUGCACCCAUCAGAGAUCUCCAUCUGCACCAAAUUACUUGUUUUCACUGCUUGUAAAAUCUUUAAGUGCAUCCAAUGCAACAUUUCUGUUCCUCACUGCAAAAAUAUCGACAUCUGUUUUUGUUUAACUGCAUAUGUUUCCAUUCUUCUUGCACAUCGUGUUUGAUACCAUCAGUAACGGCGUCCAGGGGGGCCGAGAGGACUUUGAAGGUUUCUUUUCUCUUCUUUUUUUAUCGUUUUUAACAGUCUGACAGCAUUUCUUAAACUUGGGAUUGGAGCAGAAACUAAAGGCUGUGGGUUCACUUCUGGUGUUCCUCCAACUUAUUCCAACUACAGCUGAGUCGGAUGUGCCUGCAGCCCGAGAGGCAGAACAAUAGAUUUUUAUUUCAUUCUGGGUCCCAGGAAGAAUUUCAGAGGCUCUGCUGAAUGCCGUCAGCCUGGUGAGGAUGCCCUGCCCCACCGUUUUAGUCUGCAGCAUGCCACAGCAUGCCAAGCUCUUUCUAUAUAGGUUUGAAUCUCCUAUUCCUUUCUUUCUCUCUUCCUUUCUUUCUUCCUUUCCUUCUUUCUUUCUGGAAAUACUCUGUUUUUGUUUUUCAGUUGUGUGGAGAAAACAAUGAAAGUGUUUCAAAGAAAACA